UGGAACCAGCAGACUAAGCUCAACUUCGAGGCUUUCAAUGCGCUGCCAGCGCCGACUGUACCAACCCCGGAGAUUGUUGGACGUGGUGAGAGUGGACUGCUUCAAGUCCUCGAAGAAGACUUCAGCCCCUAUGUCAUCAUUGAUCGAAAUCGACUGCGUGAUUUUGCCAACCGCACAGUCCGUGUGGUGGGCAUCCUCUCCAAUCCCUUCCUGCAGUACAAAGAACGCAAGGCGGGUGCCCCCGAGCCGGUCGGCAACGACCGCUUUGAGGGCUUCUGUGUCGACU